UAGGUGUGCCCGCAUAUUGAUAGCAAUUUAGCAAAAUUUUGUAGAAAAUUGUACCGACUGUGAUUGUAAUUCGUAAUUGUUCAAUAAAAAAAUGGACAGUAAACUGUUUAACAAACUCUUGCUGAUUGCCGGAUUUGCCAGCCUGGCACACGCUGCUUUUUCUGCUGCCCAUCAUCGCACCUAUUUGAGGCUGACAGAGCAGGAAUGGAAUAGCCUUCCAUUGGACAUUAUCCUGCAGACCGUCAUCAGUUUGGUGAUUGUGAUUUACAACAUCAUCGAGAUCGUUGGCAACUUCAAGGAGAUCCGCGCCACAGUGGACAUGCAACAGAAAACUUGGGACACCUUGGGCAACUUCCCCUCGUUCUACUCCUUCAAUCACCGUGGUCGUGCCUUGAAUCCUGGCUAUACGCCCCCGGAAUAAGAGGCCUUUCUUUUAAGUUCUGCUAUCCAUUUAUUUAUAGUCUCAGCAAGUUACAAUAUAGAUAACGCUAAAGAUCA